GCGGGAGGCAGCGCGAGUGGAUUUCUAGGCUGUGAAUGUGGAGCAAGGGCGGCUCCCGGCGCGCACGGAGCGGGGAUAACGCUGCUGCUGCUGGGGAAGGGGAGCCCAGCGUGGACCGGACGAGGCCAGGAGGGGAAGGGUGGCGAUGUGUCCAGAUGCUCUUCUACAACGGGUAGCAGAAUUGGAAAAGGUCAAUGCAGAAUUUCUGCGCACAAAGCAGCAACUUGAGCAAGAAUUUAAUCAAAAGAGAGCAAAAUUUAAGGAGUUAUACCUGGCUAAGGAAGAGGACCUGAAAAGGCAGAAUGCAGUGCUGCAGGCAGCCCAGGAUGACCUGGGCCAGCUGCGGACCCAGCUGAUGGAAGCCCACGCUGAAAUGGAGAACAUCAAGGCCAUAGCCACAGUGUCAGAGACCACCAAGCAGGAGGCCAUUGAUGAGGUCAAGAGGCAAUGGCAAGAAGAAGUGGCUUCCCUCCAGGCCAUCAUGAAAGAGACUGUUCGUGACUAUGAGCUCCAGUAUCACCACAGGAUGGAGCAAGAGCGAGCUCAGUGGAGCCAGUACCGAGAAAACGUGGAGAGGGAAAUUGCAGAGCUAAGGAGGAGACUGUCUGAAGGCCAGGAGGAAGAAAACCUAGAGAAUGAAAUGAAAAAGGCUCAGGAAGAUGCCGAGAAGCUGCGCUCGGUUGUGAUGCCCAUGGAGAAAGAGAUUGCAGCCCUAAAGGAGAAGCUGGCAGAGGCUGAAGAAAAAAUAAAAGCAGCAUCAGAGGUUAAAGAACUGAACCAUUAUUUAGAAGCUGAGAAGUCGUGUAGGACAGACUUGGAGAUGUACGUGGCUGUUCUCAACACACAAAAAUCAGUCCUGCAAGAAGAUGCAGAGAAGCUGAGAAAGGAGCUGCAUGAAGUUUGCCAUCUCCUAGAGCAAGAGAGGCAGCAGCACAACCAGCUGAAGCACACGUGGCAGAAAGCCAAUGACCAGUUCCUGGAGUCCCAGCGCCUGCUGAUGAGGGACAUGCAGAGGAUGGAGAUUGUGCUCACCUCGGAGCAGCUCCGGCAGGUGGAAGAGCUGAAAAAGAAGGAUCAGGAAGAAGAUGAUCAGCAAAGGCUUAGCAAGAGGAAGGAAGAGAAGCAAAAAGAUUCAGAUGAUGAAACAAAGGCUUCAUGUUCUCUGGCCCCUGAAGAAACCCUUACCCAGCUCUCCAAUGAAGAGGUGCAUGUGAAUAGCACCCAUGGCUCAGUCCAUUCCCUGGAUGCAGACUUGCUUCUUUCCUCUGGCGAAUCCUUCAACAAACCAGACUCUGAUAUGUUUAAAGAUGGACUACGGAGAGCACAGUCAACAGACAGUCUGGGCACAUCUGGAUCCUUACAGUCCAAAGCUUUAGGAUAUAACAACAAAGCAAAAUCUGCUGGGAACCUGGAUGAGUCGGAUUUUGGACCACUUGUUGGAGCAGAUUCAGUGUCUGAGAACUUUGAUACAGCUUCCCUUGGAUCCCUGCAAAUGCCGAGCGGGUUCAUGUUGACCAAAGAUCAGGAAAAAGCAAUCAAAGCAAUGACACCAGAGCAAGAAGAGACUGCUUCCCUGCUCUCCAGUGUCACCCAGGGCGUGGAGAGUGCUUAUGUGUCCCCCAGCGGGUACCGCCUGGUCAGCGAGACCGAGUGGAACCUGCUGCAGAAGGAGGUGCAGAAUGCAGGGAACAAGCUGGGCAGGCGCUGUGACAUGUGCUCCAAUUAUGAGAAGCAGUUGCAAGGUAUCCAGAUCCAGGAGGCUGAGACCAGAGACCAGGUGAAAAAGCUGCAGGUGAUGCUGAGGCAGGCUAAUGACCAGCUGGAAAAGACAAUGAAAGAUAAACAGGAAUUGGAGGAUUACAUGAAACAAAGUGCUGAAGACUCCUCUAAUCAGAUCUCCUUGCUCAUGGCUAAGUGUCAGAAGUCAGAGAAUUUCCUCAGUGAGCUGCAGCAGGCGUUUCUGCAAGCCAAGAGGAGUGUCCAGGAGCAAAUGGCUGUCCUGACACAGUCAAGGGAGCAGGUUUCAGAGGAGCUGGUGAGACUUCAAAAAGAUAAUGAAAGCCUUCAAGGAAAACACAGCUUGCAUGUGUCCUUACAGCAGGCUGAAGAUUUCAUUCUACCAGAAGCAGCAGAGGAGCUCCGUGAGCUGAUCCUCAAGUACAGGGAGGACAUCAUCAGUGUGAGGACAGCAGCAGAUCACCUCGAGGAGAAGCUGAAGGCAGAGAUCCUCUUCUUGAAAGAACAGAUCCAAGCUGAACAAUACCUGAAAGAAAAUAUAGAAGAAACUCUACAGCUGGAAAUAGAGAAUUGCAAAGAGGAAAUAGCUUCCAUUCCCAGUUUAAAAGCUGAACUGGAAAGAAUAAAAGUGGAAAAGGAACAGUUGGAAAGCUCUUCACAGGAAAACCUGCAGCAGCUGGAGAGUCUGCAGGAGGCAAAGAACACUCUAGAAGAACAGCUGAAGAAGGAGACUGCAGCAAAGGCCAACCUUGAGCAGCUGGUGUUUGAAGAGAAGAACAAAGCUCAGAGGUUGCAGACUGAAUUAGAUGUCAGUGAGCAAGUGCAGAGAGACUUUGUAAAGCUUUCUCAGACACUUCAGGUGCAGCUGGAGAGGAUCCGGCAGGCAGAUUCCCUGGAGAGGAUCCGUGCAAUCCUGAACGACACAAAACUGACGGACAUUAACCAGCUCCCUGAAACAUGACACCCUGCUGGGCUCCGAGGCUGCACUGGGGUUUUUAACUCAUCUUUAUAGCAACAUUAAUUAUUAUUUAACUCUAACCGAGAGAGCAGAGGGCAGCAGAGGGGAGCAAUGACUUAAGUUUUGUUUCUAGAGGGGAAAAAGGUUUCGUGCUGGGCAGGAGGAGAGCACAAGGGUGACUUGUAGAGUAGGAAGGAGAACUUUCUAAUGGAAACACUAAUGAGUGCAGUGUUUCGUGUUCCACUGAGUGGGAUCAGUCCUUACAUUCUGAAAAACUUCCCUCUUUCAGCCGACUUCGUAACCUAAUCUAGAGUUUUGGAACAUAUACCCCUGUCUUUCCCUCUGUCCUUUCCCCCACUACUGUGAUCAAAGUAGCUGCUGGAAACUGUAUUGUCCCUCCAAAAUGUUGAAGAGCAAAGUGGUUGAAGUUUUUCUGUUUGAAUAGUCAGUAACAGUAUUCAGCUAGCAGAGAGAAUGAGGUGUAGAGUAUGCUGUAUGAAUAUUUUAUAUUAAAAUAUGACUUUAUUAGCAGGACACUGGAUAUUGAUCUUAUUUCAUAACUCAGUACUUUUUUUUUAAAAACCAUUGGCUCUGUGAAGAAUCUGAAUGCUGCUGAAAUGUGGAUAUGAGUGAGCUGUGUAUCUCCUGAACAGAUAAAUGCUAAUCCAAAAGAAAAAGAAUACUGUACUGAGAAUUUUACUCCUUGCCAUUUUUCUGUUGAAUUCAGAUACUGAAAGAAAAGCACAAGAAAUGCACUGUUUUGUAAUAUCUUUUCAAAAAUGUAAUUUAGAAUAUGGAGCUACAACCAGUUGUUUCUCAUCUCCUAAAGCUGAGCAGUGCCUGGAAUCCCUUCUCUGUGGAAACAACAAAAAAAAAGUAAACAAAAAACCCAAACAGAAAAAAGCUGGUACAGAUGGUGUGCAUACCUGAGCAUUGGCCUGAGGUGGUGCAGGUGUGCUCUGCUGUGGGGGUGGCACAGGGUGUGAAGGCAGCAGCUCUGGGGAAGGUGUGGAGCUGUUCCUGACCCCUCUGCAGGGCCAGCCUCGUGCAGGAGCUGCAGGAUUGUGCUGCUGCAGCUUGGAGGGGCAGUGCAGCCCUUUGGUGUCCUGGCACUGCUCAGGGGUGGCUCCUGUGCUGUGCCCUAGUUCUGCUCCCAGACAGUUAAAUGACACUGACUGAGGUGGCUGCAGAGGCAGGAAAUUCUUGUGAUCACUCAGCUGACAGGUUUGGGUUUCUUGUUCUGUAGAUGCCCAGAGGUAACAUGAGCAUCCCUCCUCCUCCUCCUGCACUGCUGGAGUUCCUCCUGCAGCUGGAUGGAUUCCUGAACUGUUGCAGGUGUUGAUGAUGCUGGUGGUACAAACCCAAUUUGUGAACUUUACAGCUCAGUUAAAAGGAGGCUGAAGGAGCAGAUCCCACUGUCCAAAACUUGUUAUUUUUUCCUCCAUUCCUUGCUGUUUUUUCUUCACAUACUUGGCCAGAGAUCUGCUUUUCUUCAUCACCUUCAAAAGUGACAGAAAAUGCUCCAAACUGCAAUGCACAUGGACUAUAUAUUUUAAGUGCUUAGAUCCUAUUUUUAGCAGUGUAUAUCCUGCUACUGACAUAAAGUCAGAACCAGUGGUUUUGAAGAGGAAUGCCUUAAAAACAGCCAAAAAAGCAUCAUACACUCCUUGCCACUCAUUACAAGAAUUAAAGCAUUUUAUUCACCCUAGCAAUUAAUUCCCUUCAUAAUCCUGACACCCAAAAGUAAUUUUUCCCACCUUAGUAAUGACUAACAGAUGGCAGAGCUGUCAUGGCUAGAGAUGACACUUUCACAUAAAGGUGACCUUGAAAUGUGGUUUGAGUCUUGUUUGGUAUUACCAGGGUAGGGAUUUUUUACCCUUUCUCGCUAUUUGCUGAACUGUGGGUGACAGCAGCCAGGUCCUGAUGCAUAAAUCCAGGACCAGAUGUUUUCAUUCAGUUUUCCAGUGGCUGGGUAGACUUUGGAGACAAAACUUCAGGCCUUUAAUAGGAGCUGCAGAACAGAAAGAAAAGCUGAUUUCUCUGUUCCCACCCUCCCUUGCCAAAAACUGAGGUGUCAUUGGUUAUGGGCUUAAUUGCUGUUACUGGUGACUACUCCACCUGUGCAGGAGGUGCAAGGAAGCCUCUUGUAGGGCAAAAUUGCACCACAUCCUGUACCCUCUUCAGAAGCUGAGCACUUGAGGAACUGAGACCUGAAGUCUUUCACAGUAAAAUAUUUUUGGUUGUGUUUCUGGAUGGUCCCAGUGGGAGAGCAGGGGAAGGGGGUGUUUGUGUGUCUGGCCUGUUCUCAGCAGCCCUGUCUGCUCUGAACACCCCUGGCUGUGCUGGCUCAGAGUAUUUCAGGUGCUCCAGGGCUGGGUGGCUUUUCCUUGGUGUUCUUUUCUGGCUCAUGGGCACAGCUUUCCCCAGGUGCGCUGGUGUCAGGGUGAGGCCAUGGCUGCAGCCUGGCGGGAAGGAAGUGAGUGGGGCAAGUGCUUUGGGCUUCUUGGUAGCCCCAGGGCCACUGGAGCUGUUCCCAAACACAGAUCUGCAGGCCUGGGGGGUGUGCACUGUCUGUUUUUCCUUGUUUGUGAACCAGGCACUGCACAGGUCCCUGAAGGAUCUUCCUUUGGCGUGCAGAGGAGGGGCAGGCAGUUCUUGCAUGGUUGUUUUCCUUUUCACCACCCUGUUCCAUCACUCACCUGAACACCUGUGCUCCUGUCUCAGUACCAGCUGUGACCAUUUUAAUGUUGGAACACAAGUCACCUUUUUUCACCAACUGCUGUGAUGUCAGACUUUUAAACGAUUCUGUUUGAGAUUGGAACCCUGGCUGUUCACCGACCUGGUGGGAGAUGUGCUCCCUGCAAACUACUGUCCCUCCUGGGCAAGGACAGCAAAGCUUCAGCAGCAGCAACUGAGCUUCUGCUGAACUCAAACGUAAAGGGGCCUUUAAAAGCAAAGCAAGACAGUGUGUGCCAAAUUUGCUGAGCAGAUGUACAAGACUGUAAAUGUAGGAAAAGCUCUUGGGGUACUCACUGGAUGAUGGAUUCUGGUGUUACUGCUCGUGAACAUGAGAAAACAAAUGCUUUUCCUUCCAGUUCUGGGUGUUGUGGAGCCUGGCUGGGGCCAGGCGGGGUUCUCCUGCCUCAGGCAGUGUCCCCUGCCCAGCUGUGACACUGAGCUGUUGGUGACAGGGCCUGGAUGGAGUUCUGUCUGCAUUCCUGUAUAGUCCUAACCUGUACAAAGUGUUCUUGCAGCAUGUCUGGUACCCGUCCCUCCCCAGCAGUGCCCCCUAUUCCAGCAGUGCAGUCACUCCUGUCCCCCUGAGCUUCACCGUGGCUCCUUUUCCAAGGGCAGGGGGGAAGGACAAUGAUUACUGUCCACUAGAGUCUGUUACAGCAGAGACUGGAUUUGCCUUGUAAUGGCAAGGACUCCAGAGCCAUCUUUUGCAAAAGGCAAACAGUGUUUGGAAGUCAAUACUGCAUUCCAGUGAGCCAAGCCAUUGGUGUCCUGUGCAAUCGUGGGUGUAGAAUUCUGCUGUCUCCAGGAUUCCAGUGUAACCAUUUGUUAACUGUACUGAAGGUGUGUCCUUUAUGGAGAAAGUGUUCCAAAUUAAAAAAAGCUGCU